AUGCUCCAACAACUUUUACAAGGGCAAGCCAAAGGUUCUCUGGAAAUGAACAACAAGCUGGUUGAGAUACACUCUAAACUAGAGUCAUUGACUUCAAGAGUCCAAAUCAUUGAGUCUUCAAGUGCAUCAUCCUCUUCACCACAAGAGUAUGCCCAAGCAGUUACACUAAGAAGUGGGAGGCAAUUCCCAGUAGAGAAGAGAACAGACAAAGCAAACUCCAGCCAACCAGCUAAACCUGUUGCAAAGAAGAAAGACACUCCAGCAGGACCACCACCAUACAAGCCCCCUCUACCCUUUCCAGGAAGGUUCAAGAAACAACUGUUGGAAGCACACAAGGCCAAGUUUGAUGAACUAAUGAGACAGCUUGAGUUGAAGUUGCCCUUCAUCGACGCCUUGAUGCUCAUUCCACCUUAUCAGAAAUUUCUGAAGGAUGCUGUUCAGCAAAGAACCAGGGAAGCACAAGGGAUGGUAGUGUUGACUCGCGAGUGCAGUGCAAUCAUUCAGCGGAAGGUCAUCUCCGACAAAAAGGAAGAUCCGGGGAGUUUCACUUUGCCCUGCAUGUUGGGACCCCUAUCUUUCAAAAACAGCCUCUGCGAUCUAGGAUCAUCUGUCAGCCUCAUGCCUUUGUCUGUAGCAAAGAGACUGGGAUAUCACAAGUACCAAGCCUGCGGAAUCUCACUAGUCUUGGCAGAUAGAUCGAUAAGGUUACCAACUGGGAUGCUUGAAGACCUGCCUUUGAGGAUAGGGAAUGUGGAAAUCCCCACAGACUUCAUUGUGCUUGAGAUGGAUGAGGAACCAACAGAUCCAUUGAUUCUAGGAAGGCCAUUCCUAGCUACAGCAAGAGCAAUGAUAGAUGUCUGUGAAGGAACAAUUGAGUUAAACUUGGGAAAGGACCUGAAGAUGAAGUUUGAUAUCAAGGAUACAAUGAGGAAACCAACUAUAGAAGGAUUCUUCAGAGGAUAUGUGAGCUCAGAAACUGAUGAGUACAAGAAGCUCCUUGACACCUUCAGACCAGUUCCAAACAUUCUGAGCAUUGAGGGAUUGGACAGGCCAGUUUGCGAAGUCAUGGCAUUGAGUGCUUUGCUUGUUGAAUUGAGGAAGUACAGAAAGGCAAUAGGUUACACUCUAGAUGAUAUCAAGGGGAUCUCCCCUGACCUAUGCAUCCAUAGGAUUCAUCUAGAGGAUGAAAGUAAGUCAAGCAUUGAACCUCAGAGAAGGUUGAACCCCAAUCUAAAGGAAGUAGUGAAGAAAGAGAUACUCAAGUUGCUUGAUGCUGGGAUAAUCUAUCCCAUCAGUGAUAGCACUUGGAUAUCUCCAGUUCAUUGCGUCCCAAAGAAAGGGGGGAUCACUGUCAUUAAAAACGACAAAGAGGAGCUGAUUCCCACUAGAACAAUAGUGGGGCAUCGCAUGUGUAUUGACUAUAGGAAGCUAAAUUCAGCAUCUAGAAAGGAUCAUUUCCCUCUCCCUUUCAUUGAUCAGAUGUUAGAAAGGCUACAUGACCACUACCCCUGGCUUAUCAAUGGUGUCUCUGAAGAUGCCAUCAAGCUGAGACUCUUUCCUAUGUCUCUAGCUGACAAAGCUCACCAAUGGGAGAAGAGCUUGCCCCAUGGCACAAUCACCACUUGGGAUGAAUGCAAGAAGGCCUUUCUUGCUAAGUUUUUCUCCACCGGUCGCACAGCCAAGCUUAGAGGAGAGAUAUCCAGCUUCAUCCAGCGAAACAAUGAGACAUUCGCAGAGGCUUGGGAGAGGUUCAAAGGCUACACAAGUCAGUGCCCACACCAUGGAUUCAACAAUGAAUCACUACUCUCCACUCUUUAUAGAGGAUGCUUGCCUAGGUAUAGGGAGAUGCUAGACACAGCUAGCAAUGGGAACUUCCUCAACCAGGAUGUAGAUGAUGGCUGGCAACUUGUGGAGAACAUAGCUAACUCAAAUGGAAGCUAUGGAGAAGAGUAUGAUCGCACCAACCGGAGCUCGACCCACCACUCGAUCGAGUCAGACGAAAAGUUGAGAAAAGAUGUUAAGGCAUUGAAUGAGAAGUUGGAUAAGCUGAUCCUAGCUCAGUCCACAAUGAAGAAAGUCAACUUUGUGUCUGCUGAGGAGAUGGAACCAGUCCAAGAAGGGGAGGAUACACAAUUUGCUGAGGUGUGCUACAUGAGCAAUGGGCAAGGAGGUUACAACAAAGGAUACUAUAAUUACAAGUCCAACCCUGCCAUGUCAUACCGCAACACUGAUGUUGCUAACCCUCAGGACCAAGUAUAUCCUCAACAACAAGCAGCUCGAUCGAGUCAGGUGCCACAACAUGGGUAUGGUCAAAAGAACAAUUACCAAGGACCACAAGGCACUUUCCCUGGACAACAAAUGAAUAUCCCACCAGGCUUUCCCCACCAACCACCCCAGCCUGCACCUUCACAAGAGAAUGAGCUCAAGGCAAUGCUAAAGCAACUACUUCAAGGGCAAGCUGAUGGGGUAGUGGACACAAGCAAGAAGCUAGCUGAAAUAAACUCUAAGAUCGAGAACUCAACACAAGGGUUUACUCUCUGGAGAAUCAUGCUUCUUCUGUUGCUGCUGCUACAAAGCAAGGACAACUACCUGAGAUUGUUGCUGCUGAGGCUCCUGGAGUCCAGAUUGAUCAACCAGAAGUGCAGGCACCUACUGUGGCCAUUCACACUUCACCAGUUGAGCUCGCACAACAAGCUCGAUCGGCAGCUCGAUCGAGUCCGACCUCUUCUGUCCCAAAACCUUUUGCUUGAUCCUUACCAACCGGUUGCCGCUUCCUCGUCUCGCCUACUUAGUCAAGGUCACAAGGAAGUGAUUCACAAGUUCAGAAGAGAUCUCAGUGGGAUUGGAAUUGAGUUGCCUCCUAUGGAUAGCAUGAGUGAGGCAUUUGAUCAAAUGCAAAUGGUCAAGGAUGUUCUAGCCAACAGUGAUAAAGUUUCAGAGGUCCUACAAGAGUCUACUCAUCAGUUCAACCUGCUUACUUCACCCACCUUCCUACCAAAGGUCAAGGAUCAAGGGAAAUUCACUCUCCCUUGCACACUUGGGCAUCUUGAGAUUGACAAUGCCUUAGUGGAUUCUGGAGCAAGCAUCAAUCUGAUCUCUCUCUCCAUGGCAGAGAAGCUAGGCAUUGCUGGAGCCUUGCAGCGCCCUACUACUUCAAUCAUGUUUGGAGAUGCAACUUCUAAGUCUCCUCUUGGAGUGUUCAAGAACUAUCACUUGAAAAUUGGAGAAUGCAUCAUCCAAACUGAUCUCACUGUGAUGGAAAUGGAAGAAGAGAAGGAUUACCUCUGUUAUUGGGAACCCCUUUCCUUACCUAGAGGUUCAGACUUUUGUGCCACAAUUGACAGUACCACUCUCAGUUCUAAGAGUCAUGGAGCUACAAAGGUUGUGAAGGAAAGGGUUGACAAAGAACCAAGAGUUGGGAAGGAUAAGGAUUGA